CGCUAGCUCCCCUGCGCUCAGUGCCGCUGCGUCUCCUGCCUGAUGCCUGCGCCUGCGCACUCGCUCUGCCGGGGCCGAUACUGCCUCCCAGACAUCACAUCCCGCUGCUAGCGGCAGUGACGUCCCCGGCUAGGAGGAGACUCAGUUUCGCUGCUGUUUCCGGGGUCAGUGUCAGCAGAUCUCCGGGCGGCGGCGGCGGAGGGGUACGGGAGUGCGGCGCAGCAGCUUCAGCUUUUCUUUCUCUCUCUCGUCACCCGGGCACAGACAACAUGAACAGGAUCUUUGGGAAGUCUAAGCCGAAAGGCCCCGCGCCGAACCUGACGGACUGCAUCGGCAGUGUUGACAACAGGGCAGAGUCAAUUGACAAGAAAAUCUCGCGUCUUGAUGCAGAACUGGUAAAAUACAAGGACCAGAUGAAAAAAAUGAGGGAAGGUCCCUCCAAGAAUAUGGUCAAACAAAAAGCCAUGCGAGUUCUGAAGCAGAAGAGAAUGUAUGAACAGCAGAGAGAUAAUCUAAACCAGCAAUCCUUCAACAUGGAACAGGCCAAUUAUACCAUCCAAACAUUAAAAGAUACAAAAACAACGGUGGACGCAAUGAAAAUAGGUGCGAAGGAAAUGAAAAAAGCAUACAAGCAAGUAAAGAUUGAUCAGAUUGAGGAUCUACAAGAUCAGUUGGAAGAUAUGAUGGAGAAUGCAAAUGAAAUUCAAGAAUCACUGAGCCGCAGCUAUGGUACACCUGAGAUUGAUGAGGAUGACCUUGAAGCUGAGCUUGAUGCACUGGGAGAUGAACUCUUGGCUGAUGAUGACAGCUCCUACUUGGAUGAAGCUGCCUCUUCUCCAGCAAUUCCUGAAGGAAUUCCCAGUGACUCCAAAAAUAAGGACGGUGUGUUAGUGGAUGAAUUCGGACUGCCACAAAUCCCUGCUUCAUAGUGUAUGCCUCAGUUCCACAAAUUCAUCUCCUUUUUUCCAGUGGGAUUUCUUGUCCUUCUUGCUUUGCAUUUAUUUAACAAAGUUACUUUUGUGGAGCAGAACAAAAACUCAAGAACUUGGAUUUCAUAUUUUAACUGUUGCUAAAGUCACUACAUCCCGUUUUCCUUCAUCUGAAAGAAAUAUUUCAUUCACUUUUGUGACUGAUUGGGAGCAGAUCUCUACUGGCCAGAUCCAUAAGUCCUGUAGCACACGUGUGCAUGGAUAUUGACAGACAGAUAUGCAAUCGCCUUUCUAUUUUCUGACAAGCAUAUCCUUUUAUUCAUCCUUUUUAGUUUCAAUAUUCAUCUGUAGUUCUUUAAGGCCAUUGUAACAAGAGAUGUUAGGCCCUACAGUCUAUCAAACUAACCAUGAUACUUGUUGCAUCUAGAAGGGUAUUAUAUACUUAUUUACAGCUUCAUAACCAUAAUUUAAAAACUGUCCUUGUGUAUACUGUUUUGCAUUUUGACUACUAAUUUUGAUCAUUUAGUGUUUCUUUAUUUUGUUUUGUUUCCUUUUUCCAAGAAAUAGUCUUGGUAAUGGGGGAAUAUAAAAAGGUCUAGAUAUUGCUUUUGUCUUAAAAUAAGAAAUUUAAUAAAGAGAAUGAUUGCUGUAUAA